UAAAUUAUAUAUAUUUACAUGUAUGUAUGUAUCUGUGUAAGAGACUGAGACUGAGAAAGGGGAUAGUUGUGUUGCAGUACUUUUUGUUUGUGGAUGGGAAAAUAAGAAGUCGUAUGAGUAUUAGACCCUACCAGAAUAAAUAUUGCCAUGUUCCUGUAUCUCAGGCGACCACAAGAAGUUUUGGGUAUUUGAGAAGAUGAACAAUAAAAUUUAUUGCAUUUGACCAAAAAAAAAUAAUAAUAAUAAUAAAAUUCUUUGGAAUAUCCAAGAAUCUUUACACAACAGGUUGGAAAUUUGAAUCUAGGAAGUCGAUAUUUUACUGCUCUGGAGAAUCUGACUUAUAGACAGAUUAGGAUCCUAUAGCAAAUAGGUGCUGGAAUUUUGGAGAAAGAUUUGUGAUGGAUGAAGAUGUUCUUCCUCUCAAUACGAUGUUGGGGACUCCGUCUGAGUGUUUUAUGGAUUUGGAUUACAUGGAUGAACUGUUGUUUGAAGGAUGCUGGUUGGAAACAACUGGUGAAUCUGAUUUCCUAAAUUACAGUGCUUCGACUCCCAAUUCUCUGUUUGACCCGUCAUUUUUAUGGCCUACAGUAGAAGCAAGAAAUGGUGAAUCAAAUGGGAGCCCAUUAAAGGAGAGUCUAGAAGAGAGGCAUCGAUCAUUUUUCCCUGAUAAUCUGUCGACUAAUCAGCAUCAAGGACCAGAACUUUCUAUGAAUUCUCAGUCUUAUAUUGGAAAUAUUCAAAGCAACGUAGCUUCUUCGGGUCAAUCUGAAAAUUAUUUGGUUGGAGGUUCUGAGCUGAGCAGAAGGUUGUGGAUUGGACCUAGGGCUUUAACAUCAGUAAUGGACCGAUUGAUGAGGGCACUUAGUGAUAUAAAAGAUUGCUCUAGAGAUAAAGAUGUACUCAUUCAAAUAUGGAUACCAGUUAACAAAGGUGGAAGGAAUGUGCUGACGACCAAUGAUCAACCUUUCACACUCGACCGUAAUUGCCCGAGGCUUGCUCAUUAUAGAGAGAUUUCUAUGGAUUAUCAUUUUCCUGCUGAGGAAGAUUCUAAAGAAGCCAUGGGACUGCCUGGUCGGGUCUUUAGGAGUAAGGUUCCUGAGUGGACUCCUGAUGUUCAGUUCUUCACAAGAGAAGAGUACCCAAGAGUUGGUCAUGCACAACGGUACGAUGUUCGUGGAACCCUUGCUGUUCCUAUUCUUGAACAAGGUAGUCUCAAUUGCUUGGGUGUCAUUGAAGUUGUCUUGACCACGCAAAAGAUCAAAUAUCUUCCCGAGCUUGAAAGUGUCUGCAAAGCUCUCGAGGCUGUUGAUCUCAGGAGUUCUCAAGUUCCGAACAUUCAGAAAGCUAAGACAUGUGAUUUGUCUUAUCAAGCUGCUUUACCCGAGAUUUUAGAGGUUUUCAAAUCUGCUUGUAGAUCACACAGAUUGCCAUUAGCUCAGACUUGGGUUCCUUGUUUGGUACAAGGUAAAGGGGGAUGUUGGCAUUCAGAUGAGAACUUAGCCAAUUGUGUUUCAACAGUGGAUUCUGCUUGCUACAUAGGUGAUCCCCGUAUUCAGGAUUUUCAUGAAGCUUGCUCUGAGCACCACUUACUAAAAGGUCAAGGUGUUGUUGGGAGAGCAUUUGGAACUAAUCAACCUUGUUUCUCUCCUGAUGUAACUGCUUAUAGCAAGACAGAGUACCCACUUUCUCACCAUGCAAGAAUGUUUGGAUUACAAGCUGCUGUAGCUAUACGUCUACGGAGCGUCUCUACUGGUUCAGCUGACUUUGUUUUGGAGUUCUUUUUGCCAAUGGAUUGUGCGAAUCCUGAAGACCAAAAGAAGAUGCUCACUUCAUUGUCUAAAGUCAUACAUAAAGUUUGCUGGACUUUACGCAUUGUCGAUGAAGAAGAAUUGCAGGAAGAAUAUGCCUUGCCAGUAGAAGUGGGGAAUCCUCCACCAGUAGUUAAACGUAGUAAAGAAGUUCCAAAAGUGGAUCCAAUGCAGUCUUCGAUGCUUUUACGUGAUGUACCAUCACAAUCUUCAGGUGAUAUGAACCUUCAAGAGAGUGCUAAUACUGUUUCAGUAUCCCAGAAUGAAAAACCAAAAGAAAUGUCCUUGGAAUUGAAGCGAGAUCCAUCUGAUUUGGACUCAAUAGCAGGCAUCUUGGGUGGAAGUCCUACAUCUGCUGAUGAUAGCUCACUGUACACGAAGAAAACAACAGACAAAAAACGUAUUAAAGCAGAGAAUGUCAUCAACUUGCAAGUUCUUCGACAAUACUUUGCUGGGAGCCUGAAAGAUGCUGCCAAGAAUCUUGGUGUUUGUCCCACCACUUUGAAGAGGAUAUGCAGGCAGCACGGAAUAAAGCGUUGGCCGUCUCGGAAGAUCAAGAAGGUUGGUCACUCCCUACAGAAAAUCCAGCGCGUAAUUGACUCUGUCCAAGGUGCCUCAGGUGCUUUGCAGAUUGAGUCCUUCUAUUGCAACUUUCCCAAACUGGCAUCCCCUAACACCUCAAAUGUAAAGCCACUUUCAAAUUCAAAAUCGACAAAUAAUUCAAAACCAUUAGACAGGCUGCAUAAGAGUGGCAUUUUGAGUCCCCCGGCUGCUGCAUCUUAUUCGCCCCCAAUUUCCUGCAGUCAGAGUUCCAGCUCAAGUCAAUGUUGCUCUAGCAGGAGUCAGUCAAAUCCUUACAUAUUGAACGUUGAAGGUCAAGAAGUUCCAAUGUCUAAAGAAGAAUCUGUUAAUGGCUUGCUAAAGAGGACCCAAAGUGAUGCACAUCUCCAUUUGUCGGGCGAUGGACCAAAGUACCUCUGGAGAUCUCAAAGCCACGUGUCUUUUAUGGAGCUUCCUAAGCCAGAGAAUCUCCCACAUGAACCAGAAGACCGAGGCAGACAAUCUCAAGAAACUGAUGCACUAAGAGUCAAAGUCACUUAUGGGGAAGACAAAAUCAGGUUUCGCAUGCAAAUUAAUUGGGGAUACAAAGAUUUAUUGCGAGAAGUUGCUCGGCGUUUUGGUAUAGAUGGCACCUGUGAUUUCCAUAUCAAAUACUUGGAUGACGACUCUGAAUGGGUAUUGUUAACAUGUGAUGCUGACCUCGAGGAGUGUAUUGAUGUAUGUCGAACGUCUAGGAACCAAACAAUUAAGCUCUCCUUGCUUCUGGAUUCCCAGCUGCAUAUCAGUGGCUCUUUUAGUAGCAGAGGUCCUUAGGGAUUCGAGCAGAAACGUCCAGCAUCUACUUCCUUGGGGUUGAAGCUGUCUGGAAGCCUAAAUCAUCCUCACCAACAGUUCAAGUGCGAAUUCUAACUUGAAGUAUGUCAAUUCUUUAACAGUGUAGAUAAGAUAUGAACAAAUUUUUUGUUCUUAUCAUAUAGCAGGCAUUUCUUGGUAAAAUGCUGGUACCGGUAUCUGAGCAAAGGUCCAUAUAUUUAUCCAACUGUCAAAAUUUUGAGUUGAAAUUCUAGGCUUGAAAGGAUCGCCAAAAUGUCCUUACUCACUCCUGAUUCAUUUGCACAGAGGGCAGCUGACAACUUUAGAAGAAUGACAAUUCGAUCGUUCUGAAGUUGGCUGAAGGCUUCAACCCUUUCAAUCGUCGAAGCUGUAUGUCCGGAAAUUGAAUAAUGUAUAAUAUGAGUACACACAUUAAACUUAAGUUAUUGCAAUUUGUAGUGUGAUUAGCUUGAGGGGUAUGAUACUGGAAUACACAAUUGUUUCCACCUUUAGAAAUUUGUGGAGUUUUAUUGUGAUGGCUUGUUAGCCUACAUGCUUUGCUGCAUUUAGACAGCAAUAUGAAGAUGAAAAGAUGGAAAUGAAACAUGAUGUUCUGUCUCAA